CAUAAAUAUACUGACGUGCGUAUUUAUCUGCACUCGCUCAUCUGAUUCACAGUAUCUCUGCAUUCUAAGUACUCGUAUUUACUUACGAAGUACGCAUUUCACCCGGAGUAUAAUGGGGAAGCCUUCUUUAUUCUUUUUCUUUGCAGGAAUCGUCUUCCUAUGCUGUAAAUUCUGCGGGGCCAGUGAAAAGGUGGGAAUAUACGAGCUGAAAAAUGGCGACUUCUCUAUGAACAUCACCAACUAUGGCGCCACUGUCCUCUCUCUCGUCUUGCCCGAUCGAAAUGGAAAAUUGGAUGAUGUGCUUCUCGGGUUUGAUUCCAUUGAUGGGUACAAGAAUGAUUCGACUUACUUCGGUGCCCUGGUUGGGCGCGUUGCUAAUAGGAUCGGGGGAGCGAGAUUCACAUUGAAUGGAGUUGAGUACAAAUUGCCUCAGAAUGAUCAUGGCAACACUCUCCACGGUGGUGCCAUAGGAUUCAGUGAUGUUAUAUGGACUGUGGAAGAGUACAUCAAAGAUCAUCAUCUCUCCCUCUCUUACAAGAGUCCCGACGGAGACCAAGGAUUUCCCGGUGACUUGGAUGUAUAUGUCACAUACAUGCUACUAGGCAAAAACAGGCUAGGCAUAAGAAUGAAAGCCAAGGCUCUGAAUAAGGCCACCCCUGUGAAUUUAGCCUCACACUCCUACUGGAACCUUGCUGGCCAUGACAGCGGACACAUUCUGUCCCACACCAUCCAGAUUUUCGGAUCCCACAUAACCCCCGUGAAGGAUGACCUCGUCCCCACUGGCGCCAUCCAGCCAGUAAAAGGAACACCAUAUGACUUCCUCCAACCCCACGAAAUCGGCAGCAAGCUGAGCCAGCUACCCGGCGGUUACGACAUUAACUACGUGUUGGAUCCCACUGAGGGAAGCCACCGCCACCUCCACAAGGUGGCUGUGGUUCAAGAGCCUAAAUCAGGGAGGAAAAUGGAGCUGUGGACGAACAAGCCCGGGGUUCAGUUUUACACCAGCAAUAUGUUGAAAGAUACGAAGGGGAAAGGCGGGUUCGUGUACCAAAAAUAUGCAGGGUUGUGCUUGGAGACACAGGGCUUUCCUGAUUCUGUAAAUCACCCAAAUUUCCCUUCGCAGUUUGUUGAUGCAGGGGAGACUUAUGAUCAUGUCAUGGUUUACAGGUUCACUGCCCUUACCACAAAGGAGUAGUAGUGUCAGUUUGAAUUAGAAUAGAACCUUAGUCUUUAGUUAAUAAAUUUUAUUUCACUUUUUUCAUAGAGUUUUAAACUCUAGCUAUACAUGCCACACGGAAGCUCCGUUUUUUGAAAUCAUUCUUGAAAAAACAUUGGUUAAUUUUCCUGGAAUCGGUGAAUCCGAUUGACAGUUUGGUACCAUUGACCGUGAACGAAUGAAGUUUUGUUCUAAUU